AUGUGAGAAAAUUUGUAGCAAGUAUAGAAGCCGCAUUUAAUUGGGUUUCACAGUGAAUUCAAAGGCCAUCUCAUCAUCCAUCUGUUUCGCAAUUAUAAGUUGAUGAGUGGCAGUUCCAAGGCCAUUAAUUUCCUUGCUGUUUCUUCUUCUUCUUCCUCCCAUUUGUGUAGUACAAAGAUGGCUUUGGCAAUAUCUGAUGAAUUGCUGGCAACUUUUGUUCCGAUCGUUGUUUAUUGGAUUUAUUCAGCUUUCUACAUGUCUUUUGGGUCCUUCGACAACUACAGAUUGCAUUCAAAGAAAGACGAGGAAGAUAAGAAUUUGGUGUCCAAAGCAAAUGUCAUAAAAAAUGUCCUUUUCCAGCAAACCAUUCAGUCUACUCUUGCCAUCGUUUUGUACAGGGUGAUAGGAAAUGAAGGUGGAGGUGCUUCCAAAAGCCAACCAAAUUCCAUAACAGUUAUGGCAGGACAGUUUAUAAUAGCAAUGUUUGUAUUGGAUACAUGGCAAUAUUUUAUGCAUAGAUACUUCCACCACAAGAAGUUCUUAUACCGACACUUCCAUUCUCAUCACCAUAAACUUGUGGUUCCCUACGCAUUUGGAGCAAUAUACAAUCACCCAUUGGAGGCGUUUGUCUUUGACAUAAUUGGUGGUGCCUUGUCGUAUUCAAUCUCUGGCAUGUCUCCAAGAACUUCCAUGUAUUUCUUCAGCUUUGCCACCAUUAAAUCAGUGGAUGACCAUUGCGGGGUAUGGCUUCCUGGAAACUUGUUCCACAUCUUCUUUAACAACAAUUCGGCUUACCAUGAUGUUCAUCAUUAUUUAUAUGGAGGCAAAUAUAAUUUCUCUCAACCAUUCUUCGUCAUGUGGGAUAGAAUUAUGGGAACAUACAUGCCUUAUUCUCUUGAAAAGAGAGCCGAAGGAGGUUUUGAAGCUAGACCUAUUAAAAGAGCAAAAUGAUGAUAUACAAUUGCUAGUAAUGUAAUUGGGAGCACCCUUUGCUUAUUCUUCUUUUUCCACUCCAAAUGAUUGUAUGUGAUAUGUACAUUCUUAUAUUUCCUAAAAGAAUCAAAAUUUGCCUUACUUUUGAUACUGUCCAAAAGUUAAUUUGUAUUUGAGAAGGAAGGGGGAAGUAUACAAGAGAGGUUUGCAAUCUGCAGAAUUUGUAGGUCUGGUUUUUCUUUUUUAAAGUAUAGAUAAGAAAUUUAUUUAAAAAAGACCUCAAAGAGGUUAGAACGUAAAAAUAUGUUAAAAGGUGGCUUUCAUGCAAACCAUUUAGAUCGAGCCAUGCAAGUUACAGCUGCUGAACAUGCUGCUAUUUUGUUGUUUAAUUGAUGUUUUUCUACUUAGUUACAUUUGAAAUAAGUAUGUAAUGUAUUUAGUGUAAUUUGGUGCUGAUGGAUUUGAUAAAUUAGCUUAACCAAGUGUGCAAGAAAUGUUUUAUUAGUUUCAAGACAUGCUAGUGGAGUUAGGUGUGUUUAGGUGACAUCUUUUGUAAUUUUUCAGACAAGUUAAUCACUUGUUUUAUAUGUAAUGUUUUGUUUUCAUCAAUGUAUGAAUCUUUUAGAAAA